AUGGAUUUCAUCAAGACCAGUUCCCCGCGUGCUCUGACUGAGUUAACUCUCCAACACAAUUGGAUUGGCAUCAUUUGGAUGAGUAGAAGUGAAGAUAUGAUCAAAUUAGUGAAGACUGGUCCAGACGGUUUUAGCGAGCAUUCGCGUCCUGAGCCGCGCACACCAGCCGAUCGUGGAACGAACGUACCGCGAUCGUCCCGCGCACAUCAUUCGCAUCCCGCCAAGUCCACGGCCGAGCUCACGUCCCGACCCGGAAAGCAACGUCCCACGGUCGAGCCGUUCUUAGCUCGCCACCACAAGCCGUGCACGACCGCGCCGCGCGAACAAGAAGGCAACAGCUCGCGGCUGCGCGGCACAACCCACAUACCGCGGCCGACCCAUCUGUCUGACCACGAAGGCUUCGUCCCGCGACCGGCCAAGAUUCAUCGCCCAAAACUUAUCCAUCCGUCCGACCCCGUCGGCCGAAUACGAAAACUCUCGGCCACGAUCGUUCUGACCGUGCCGAUAGCCGACUACGACCCGAUGACCGGCCGACCAUCCCGACCGACCGUCCGAACGGUCGAUCGACCGAAGCCCGUUUUGAAGCCCGUUUCACACGUAUUCACAGCCCGGCUUGACCUAAUGCCGCCUCUGAAGACCUAG